AAAGAAAAGGUGGUCAAAUCUAGCAUUACUCUCAACUAUGGGGCGUAUUACGUAAAUUUAAUUCAAAGUCGAGUCAAAACUUUUUCUUCAUUUUCGCGGCUUUUUGGGUAAUAAACUUCUGACAAUAUUCUCUGUACGAAAAACCCUUAACCCCAUGCACUCUGUUUCCUCUAGGAAAUCGCAAACCAUCUUUUUUUACUUUACUUAAAUCUCAUUUCGUCUUCAUCUUCAUUAAUCUUCUUCCGUUACUGUUCCUACUGUCCAAAACUUGAAUCAAAAUUUUGCCUUUUUGUCCUUUUAUCACCUUUCCCCCCCCUCUUCUUGUGUAAUUUUCCUUUUUUAUUUUUCAGCAUCGUAACGCGUAAUGUAUUUUUCUUGUUAUUCAGAUUCAUAUAUAUCAAACUAAAUGUAAUGUAUCAGUAAAAAACUGUACCCAUUCAACUCACUCACCCAUUGUUUUUGUUGCCUUUUUUUUUUUGAACCCCUUUAUAAUAUCCGCCUCGAUUCGGUUUCUAGGGUUUGCACUCUUCUUAACAAAUGGUUUGGGUGGGUGUACACCGGUUUUUAAUAUAAGCUGAAUGUUGUUGGGGUUUUAUUGGGGAUUUCACAUUGGAAGCUUGAUGAUGGUGUGGAAGCUGAGGACAUACAGAUUCAGAAUGGGGCUAAAUUAGAUUAUGGAUCUGAUUUGAGUUUUCAGAGUUUUGGUGGAAGGGACUGCGAAACUAAAGGUGGCAUUUUUGUUAUGUCUUGUUUGUUUGAAUGAUUCUUUUUUACUGCAUGUAGACUGGAGCCCUUUUGCAUCCUGGUGUUGUUGAAAAGAGCAAAUCAAUCUUUUUGAGGUUAACUAAGUGGGGUUUCUAAUUUAAGUGGACGAACGAAAAGAAUUAUUGUGUAAGACAUUGAUAGGGAAGUUGUUGGUUUAAGUGAUGGAUUUCUUCAAAGUGAAGAGGUUUAGAAAGGCUCAUAAGCCGGAACUAGAGACUAAUACAGAGGAAAAACCUGUUCCGCUGCCGGGAGAGCAAAAGAAUGAGAAUGGUAAUGUGGGGAAAACAACUAAUGUUGAUUCCACUAAUGCUGAACCAGAAGAUGAUGAUGAUGACUUCAUCACUAAUGAAGUAAAGAGGAGGUUGAAGGAACUGAGAAGAAACAGCUUUAUGGUAUUAAUUCCUGAAGAGUCAGCUCCAGAAGAUGAUGAUGCAGAUGAUGAAGAAGAACAGGUGAACAUGAAUCCCAGUGAUUGGAGAGAUGUUGAAGCUGAAGGACGACAGUUUUGGUCUGGCUUCAAUGCCGUGUAUGACAAAUACGCUGAACAAAUGCUGUUUUAUGACCGCCUGCAUGUUCAGCAGCUGCGUGAAAUUGGUUCACAUAUUCCAUCUACUUCUUCUCCAAGAUCUGCACCUAAAAAGCUUGUAUCACCCUUUCGGUGCCUAUCCUUGAAAAAAAUGGAUGAAUUUCAAGAUGAAAGUCAGCACUUGCACCAGCCUGUGGCUGACAUUAAUCAAGAUCUUGAAACAGCUUAUGUAGCUCAGUUGUGCUUGACCUGGGAAGUUCUUCACUGUCAAUACACACAAUUGAGUCAGAAAAUCUCUAUCCAACCUGAUAGUCCCAUCUUCUAUAAUCACAGCGCUCAGCAGUUUCAGCAGUUAUUGGUCUUGUUACAACGAUUUAUUGAAACUGAACCUUUUGAACCGGGUACGAGGCCUGAAAUUUAUGCUCGCAUGAGAAAUGCAUUGCCUAUGCUACUUCAGGUUCCUAAAGUCCAAGGUUCUGAUCAAAAGAAAUUGGAAGAUGAUGAGUUGCCAGUUCUUGCUCCAGAUGUACUUAAAGUGAUUGAAAGUUCAAUCCUCACUUUUCGUGUAUUUGUGAAGAUGGACAAGAAGUCUAGCAGUGUACGUAAUCUUUUCGGAAGCCAGAACCAGAUGACAACACCUGUUCAUCAGGUUCAAUGUUCUCUUGAAAAGAAAAAGGUGAAACUGAAGGAACUACGGAAGAAAACAAAGAACCUGAAGAAGAAAUCAUGGCCUAGCAUGGCAGCAGAUGUGGACCUGUUGCUUGGCCUAAUUGAUGUGAAAGUCAUGAAUAGGGUCCUAAGAAUGGAAAGAAUCAGUAAGGAACAGUUAUUCUGGUGCGAAGAAAAGAUGAAGAAGCUAGAUGUAACUGACGGCAAGCUGCAGAGAGACCCCUCUCUUAUCUUAUUUCCUGGUUAGCAGGCAAAUCGAAACUCUUGACUUGCUAGAAAAACUAAUAUUUUUUUUCCUUCUGUAUUGGCUGUAUAAUAGGGUGGAUAUUCUUCAUCAACUGUUUGAUCUUAUAUGAUGUUUAAACUUUGGAAAAUGACAUGCUUUCAAAUGAAAUGUCUUUUUUUUUUGCAUGUUUUAAAA